ACUCCUCUCACAUUCACUCACAGCAGAAGCACCUCCGUCCCCCGCUGUCUGCACAUCAUACCAUAUCAUAAACCGCUACCAUUACUGCCAGCGAGCUAACAACAUACCCGUCAAAAACAGGAUCUUACACACGGCCGAGGUGUUGAUGGAGGGGCUACUGAGAGGUGUUUUGGAAGGACGCUAUGUUUCCCUGUGUCUCCUCCUGGCCCUCUUCUGAUCCCCCUGCUGCUCUGGGCCAUGCUCCGCCCAUUCCCCCGGUACAGCCGCCCAAUCAGCCACUGCCUGACCUGCUGCGGAGCUGUGUUGUGCUCCCUUCCCCGUCCGCGCGCCUGAGCUCUUGUACCAGUGAGAUGGAGUCCAUGAUAGUGGUGACGGAGUACGAGCCCAGUGAUGGCUCAGGGCAGGAGGAGGAGGAGGUGGAGGACAUGGACAGCUCGGAAACGCCAGAGCCGGCGUCGUCAGGUCCAGUCCCGCCCUUCCGCAUGGCCUCCUGUGAUCUUUUAUCCCACACGGUGGGCCGCCCGGAAGCGCUCUUCCCAGAACCUCAGGAGCACAGAGGUAGACUGAGCCUCUCUGACAGGAAGCUGUCGCUACAGGAACGCUCGCAGACGCUUUCAUCACCUUGUGGUUCGCCGGGGCUGAACGGACGCUAUAUUUACCCAUCGCUGCCCUACUCUCCAAUCACCUCCCCUCACUCAUCUCCACGCCUCCCUCGAAGACCAACCGUGGAGUCUCACCGUGUCUCCAUCACAGACCUGCAGGACUGCGUGCAGCUCAACCAGUACAAGCUGAAAGAUGAGAUCGGAAAGGGCUCCUACGGAGUUGUCAAGCUGGCGUACAAUGAAGACGACAACACUUACUAUGCCAUGAAAGUGCUGUCCAAGAAACGACUGAUGAGGCAGGCUGGGUUCCCGCGCAGACCUCCUCCUCGUGGGGCAAAAUUGGCCCCUGAGGGCCCCCCUCAGCCCAAAGGGCCUCUGGAGCGUGUUUACCAGGAGAUAGCCAUCCUCAAGAAGCUUGAUCACCCUAACGUGGUUAAGCUUGUGGAGGUGCUGGAUGAUCCAAGUGAGGACCAUCUGUACAUGGUUUUCGAGCUUGUCAAACGAGGAGCAGUGAUGGAGGUUCCUACUGAUAAGCCCCUGGAUGAGGACCAGGCACGCUUCUACUUCCAGGACUUGCUGAGAGGAAUUGAGUAUUUACAUUACCAGAAAAUCAUUCAUCGGGACAUCAAGCCUUCCAACCUGCUUGUGGGGGAAGAUGGCCAUGUUAAAAUUGCCGACUUUGGGGUCAGUAACCAGUUUGAGGGAGCAGACGCCCUCCUAACCAGCACAGUUGGGACGCCAGCGUUUCUCGCCCCAGAGACCCUCUCAGAGACCCGCAAGAACUUCUCUGGAAAGGCUCUGGAUGUGUGGGCGAUGGGAGUCACCUUAUACUGUUUCAUCUUUGGAGUGUGUCCGUUUAUGGAUGAGCGUAUUUUGAGCCUCCAUCAGAAGAUCAAGACCCAACCGGUGGAGCUUCCUGAGAACGCGGACAUAUCAGAUGACUUAAAAGACCUUCUGUUUAAAAUGUUGGACAAGAAUCCUGAAACCAGAAUCACCGUCCCUCAAAUCAAGGUGCACCCAUGGGUGACGCGGCACGGCGCUGAGCCCCUCCCACCCGAGGACGACAACUGCUGCAGCCUGAUAGAAGUGACAGAGGAGGAGGUGGAAAACUCUGUCAAGCACAUCCCCAGCCUGGCCACCGUGAUCUUGGUUAGGACUAUGCUGCGCAAGCGUUCCUUUGGGAACCCGUUUGACUGGGGCCGCAGGGAAGACAGGAGUCCCGCUGCACAAGGACACCCGCUAUCAAAAGGGAGAGCAGGGAGUUUGAAAUACUGCCGAAAUCUCAGUACCCCCAGGAAACAAGAGAGCGAGGAAGGCGUGCGGAGCAUGGACCUGCCCUUCGUGGGCGAGGAUGAAGUUCUUUCCUGAUAGUUGUGGGCGUUCGGCUCGGGCGAAAGGCACAAGGAUGGGGCUGUUGUGGCUGCCGGAAGGCCAGGAUAUGGACCUGGGGUUAGGGCGUGGAUAGGAUGAUGGAAGGAAGAAGCUCGUGUUGGAUUGUUAAUGUGGAGGAUGCCCACCCACUCAUGCAUGCAUUUGUACAGUCCACAGCAGCAUGCACUGUAUCUGUCUGCCCAGGUCUCUGCUGUCUCUCAGGACCUGUUUUCCGUGUGCGCGUGUUUCUACUCUCCUCUCCGGCACGGAGACUCUGCUUUACUCCUCUACUUCCGUUAGGGGGCGCCACCGCGAGGCUAAUCCUGUUUUAUACAGUCUAUGGGCUAAACUGAAUUUAUUAGGGAAAUAUUUACAAUUUCUUAGGUUUGUCCAUCACUCAUUACUUAGAGAUAUGCUGCUUUGUGGCAGUUUUACAGAUCUUAUAGAUUAUUAGAACUGAAUUUAAACACAAUAAAAUCUAUUUAUCUCAGACUUUCAUCAGAAAUUAAUUUAUUCUCAAAAAUAAAUACAAAAAUCUCGAAAAUCAGAUUUGUUUGGUUUAAAUAAAAUAAUUAAAUAUAUAUGAAUAAAAAUCAAGGCAAAUAAAAUAAUAAAUAGCCUUUGGACAUUUACGGGCAAUGACCUUUAAAUAGUCUUGUAUGAUGUAUAUUUCUUUCUUGUCUAUCGCUCAUUAAUUUGAGAGACGAUUUGACAAUGAUAAAAGAAAAAAAUGUUUAACUUAAAAAUCUUGGAAAUCAGGUUUAUUUAAAUAAAUUAUACAGAAGUUAACGCAUGAAAUAAAUAGCUUUAAAUACUUAAAAUUCUUCAAAAUUGAUGACGGUUACAUCUAAAAUGUACUUAUGAGAAGAAAUUUAUAAUUUCUCCAUGUUUUUCCAUCACUGAUUGAUUAGAGAGACUUCAUUUAUAGUUUUACAGAUCUCAUUAGAUUAUUAGAACUGAAUUUAAAAAUGAAUGAAAAAUAAAUAAAUAAAUAAUAAUAAUAAAAGACUUUCAUCAGGUAUUUCAAUUGAAAUUCUCAAAAUCACGUUUGUUUGAGUAAAAUAAAAAAAAACUAUUUUUCAAUUAAAAUUUGAAAUAAAAAUUUGCAGUCGGGAUAUAUGUAUAAUUUUAGUAAGUAAAAUACUUCAGGAUGUCAUUUAGGGAAAAUGCACACAAGUCAAGUUUGUAUAUGUGGGGUUAUUUAUAUAUAAAAUCACACAACUGUCUCUCUUUUUUUUUUUUUUUAAUAACAAAGCCCAAAACCAAGAGAUGAGAGAGUUACAUAGCAUGUUUUUGAAUAGUAGGUUGAUUAUUUAGGGAACGAAUAACCUUUAGGGAAUGCCACAAUAGGCUUUGUGACCGUUCUUCUUCUAGUAUGUAACAUGACCCUUUUAACCAUGAAGCUAACUUACUGUAAUUUCACUUCCCUUUCCUGUGUAGAAUUAACAAAAUGCCAUGUAGUAGUGCAUUUCCUUCUUCGUCAUGGCCAGAGUGAGUUUGUUAUCGGCAUUUCUAUACAGGACGCAUACUCUAUGAAGUUCUUAAGGAAAUACAAUAACUUUGUGCAAUCUAUGCAUGACUUUUCACUUAAGGAAUCAAUGUUUGUCAGUCUGUUUUGACACAGAUGUAUGCCUUACAUUUUCAUACUCAUAACUGUAGCAUAGAUCAUCAGUACAUGUGUAGAGUUUUUUGGUACGAUAGAAUUGUAGAUAAAGUAGAAUUGGGAAUUGUAGACAAGCUGUUCUACACAGUGUAGAAUUAUAGUAACUCGCUUAAGCUUUAAGUUUUAAAGUUAGCAAAAAUAGUCCAAAGCCCUGUUGAGAUUUUCUCAAUGUGCACUAUAAGGUCAUGUAUCUCCCGUGUUGAAUUUUUUUCUAUGAUUGUUUGUUUGUUUGCUCUAUUUAGCUGUGGUUUCAAAAUGUCGAAGUGAUGGUGCUUUUCCACCACUGCAAUGAAUAACAUAGUUCAUGCUUCCAUGUAUCAGGGGAGUCUUUUCUGCACAAGUAGGUUGAAUGUAUGUUGUUGGUUUACCUUGUAACUCUACAAGUCAACUUUCUACCUUUUUUUUUUUUUUCAUUUUUUUUUUCCUGCAUGUUAAACUCUGCUGUAUUUUAUAGCACUUGUUUCCUGUGAUUUUCUUUCUCUAUCUUUAAGAUUUCUCAUUUGAAUCUUUUGUGUAGGUACUAUUACUAUGCAAAAGAAAUCUCACAUUGUGGUGCAGUUCUGGACUGUGUAAUCAGUCGGUUGGUCUCUUGUGUAUGUUGGAUGUUGAUUAUUGAAGGAAUCUUGUAAUAUUGACUUAAAUAUGCAUGUGCACCGACGGAAGCUGGUUACACAAUAUCACUAUUGUGUAUGUAAGUGGACAUUUUAACAGAUUUUGAUGACCUUUAAAUAAUAUAUUCAGGGCCAGAGAAACACCGUUCCCCUUUUAAAAAUUAUUAUUACUUAUAUAUAUUCUGAAUAGAAUUUAGAUGAUAAAUAUUUAGCAAAGGCCUCCAUAACCAUGUUUUCGUCUUCUGAACACUCAAAACUAUGAGUUAAAUUCACUAUAGAUGAAAUCAAAGACAGCUUCCUAUGACAUUGCAAACGGUAGGUGUAUUGUAUAUUAAAGGGAAUGCUGUACUGUAUAUUUAUAACCUCUUACUAUCAUUCCUCACUGUUUCUGCCCAGUAUUUCUUGAAGGGCUAGAGUAAACGUUUGCAUCCAUCUCACACUAGCGACUGCAUUUGAGCACUGUUGAGAGGGCUGUUUACAGGGAUGUUACAUAAAUGCAUGCCGUCACAAUCACGCAAUUCCAUUCAGCAUGUUUUUAAAGCAUGUUUGAGAUCUUUACAUCAUCCUCUGAUCUCAUUGCUGAUCAUUCUAUAUAUUGUAUCCAGUUGAUUAUUUGAAUAAAUUAAAGUUGCCUUUA